AUGGUUCUGAAAAUCGGACCGGACCGGCCGGUUCAACUGGAAAAACCGGGAACCGGUUACCUAGCCGGUCCGGCCACCCACCAUUCACCCAAGCUCCCAGCCUCCUCCCCUUUCUUCCCCCCUCAUCCACCAAGGCCACCAUUGCCACCGCCCACCAAGCUCCAGAUUCCAGCAGCGCUCCUCAUUCGCCACCCAGUAGCGCUCCUCAGCAGCCGCAACCACCACCGCGUUGAGCCCGCCUCCUCGUCGCCGAACCUCGACGAGCUCGCCGAGCCUGCCUCUCAUUCGCCGAUGGAACAAUCACAAAGUAACUCACAGCCACAAGAUAAUGCUGCUCAAAAUUCUCAAACUGGUUCAUCUAGAAGUAAAUCUGAUCCAGCUUGGCAGUAUUUUACAGUGAAUGAAAGAGAAGCGGAAGAAGAGGGUGAAGCGCCUAAUCCUGUACAACCUCUGGCUCCUGCAACAAUGGGAGACAAAGAAAAGAGAAGAGCGAUUGCUGCUACUCCAAUUGGAAGUUAUUUUAAGGAAAGGACUACGCCAGGCUUUCAACCAGCUUUGAAAAGUGUCUUGGCCAGUGAACAAGUUAAACACAAGGUUAAGUUGGGGCUUGCAAGAUGGAUCAUUGAUGCACGGAUUCCAUUCAAUGCAAUUCAAUCGCCUUACUUUCAACCUGCCUUGGACGGCGUUGCUGCAAUUGGAUCUGGUUUCAAGGGACCGUCGUAUGACGAAAUGAGAGUUCAUUUGCUGGCCGAUCUUAAGAAGGAAUGUCAGUUGCUUGUUGAAGGUUAUAGGAGCUCGUGGAAAAGGACUGGUUGUACACUGAUGGCAGAUGGCUGGACUGAUCAAAGGCAGCGUACGUUAAUUAAUUUUCUAGUUUAUUGUCCUGCUGGUAUGUCAUUUGUUAAGUCUGUUGAUGCUUCUGAUAUGAUAAAAACUGCCGAUACCUUGUUUAAAUUGUUUGCUGAGGUUAUUGAGUGGGUUGGGUCUAGUAACAUUGUGCAUGUGGUUACUGAUAAUGCUGCGAAUUAUGUAUCUGCUGGAAAACUCAUUCAUGAAAAGUAUCCAAACAUUUUUUGGUCUCCUUGUGCUGCUCAUUGCAUCAAUCUUAUCUUGAAAGACAUAGCAAGUCUUCCUCACAUAGCUGACCUUGCCUCUCGUGCUUCAAAAGUGACUGUCUUUGUUUACAAUCAUAUGAUUUUCUUGUCAUGGCUUAGAAAAAGAAAAGAUUGGAAAGAAAUUGUUCAACCAGGAGUAACACGUUUUGCUACUGUUUUCAUUACUUUGAAAAGUAUAUAUGAUCAUAAACAAGACUUGCAAGCAUUGGUGAUUGACAAAUAUUUCACUUCUCAUAAAUUAUCCAAAAGUGUCAAUGGGAAGAUGGUUAGUUCAAUUAUCUUGGAUAGUAAGUUUUGGGAGGAUUGUUUUACUACUGUUAUGCUUGUUGGUCCUCUAAUUAAGUUAUUGAGGCUUGUUGAUGCUGAUGAGAAACCUUCUCUGGGUAUCGUGUAUGCGGGCAUGCAAAGAGCCAAAAUUAAUAUCAAGACAAUGUUUAGAAAUAGGAAAUCUGCAUACACACCUUAUACAAGUAUCUUGAAAAUGCGUUGGGAUAAGCAUUUGAAGCGUGACCUCCAUGCAGCAGCAUACUUUUUGAAUCCAAAUUACUUCUAUAGUGAGGGGUUUGUUGAGAAGGCAAAUAUCUUGAGGUCUUUGCUUGAUUUAUUUGAUAUUGAAACUCUUUGCGAUGACUCGGUUGCCGCAAUGCAAGAGAUACAGUUGUAUCGAGAUCGAAAAGGAAGUUUUGGAAGGGAGAGUGCAUUCAAAGCAAUUAAGAGACUUGAACCUGGUAAAUGGUGGAGGCUACACGGUGGGAGUGCUCCUAACUUGCAAAAAAUGGCAAUUCGUCUUCUUCAUCAAACAUCUUCAUCAUCCGGCUGCGAGAGGAACUAG